AUCGCAUUCCGAAACUAAUUGUUUUCUAGCCUGUGAAUUGAACUUUCUUCCAGUUGACAGAGCUAAAAUAUCUCCGUAUCCACAUCGGAUUGUCUGUCUGCUUCCUGCUUCGCUUCAAAGAGGGGGCGCUACUUUAUAGAAGCCGGGGUGCAAACGUUUUAGGCCCACAAGCAUGGCAGCCACUGCCGCGACCCCUAAACAGUCUCUCUCUGUUUUUCAGGAGUUCCGCGCCAUAUUUUACGUUCUUGGCCCCAACGAGAGCUCUUUCCGCAGCGUCGAGGAAGUUCCCGAUUACGUGGACAAGGCAACUCCCUUGUUCAUUACACUUAUUUUGCUGGAGAUCAUAAUUAAGUGGGUCCAGAAGAAACAUUUCUCAUUCUUCUAUAACGAUGAUAUAACAUCUUUAUCUGCAGGUAUCUUCUCAAGACUCCCAGAUGUGAUUUCUCGAAGUGUUGAAAUAUCGGCAUAUAUUUAUGUGUGGAACAACUAUAGAAUGAUGGAACUACCAUGGGAUUCAUCAUGGACUUGGUAUUUGACCUUCAUUGGAGUAGAUUUUGGAUACUAUUGGUUUCAUCGAAUGGCCCAUGAAAUUAAUUUUUUAUGGGCUGGACAUCAGGUUCAUCAUAGUUCCGAACAUUACAACUUAUUCACCGCAUUAAGGCAAUCUAUUCUGCAAAAAUUUGCAUCAUGGAUAUUCUACCUCCCAAUGGCUCUUUGUAUUCCACCUUCAGUAUUUGCUGUUCAUCUCCAGUUUAAUCUCCUUUACCAAUUCUGGAUACAUACAGAGGUCAUUGAAAAUCUUGGUCCGUUGGAGUUUAUUCUUAAUACUCCUAGUCAUCACAGAGUUCAUCAUGGCAGAAAUCUAUACUGUAUUGAUAAAAACUAUGGUGGUACAUUAAUUAUUUGGGACAGAAUUUUUGGGACCUUUGCUGCAGAAAAAGAUAAAGUUGUAUAUGGUCUGACACACCCCAUAAAUACUUUUGAAUCAUUAAAAGUUCAGUUUCAUCAUUGUGUUUAUAUAUGGAACAUAUUUUGGACCACACCUGGAUUUGUCAAUAAACUUUCAGUUAUAAUCAAGGGACCAGGAUGGGCACCAGGCAAGCCAAGACUUGGCCUUAUUGAAGACAUUCCUGAAGUCACUGGGAAGGAAGUUCCUUUCAACCGCAAAUUGCCAAGCUACAUGUAUAGCUAUGUAAUAAUACAUUUUGUCAUAAUGAUAGGAUUUUAUGUUGACUUAACUACUUCCAAAUAUACGUUAUCACAGGUAACUCUUCUCAUGAGGGUUGGCUACAUUGGUCUGACAUUGACCUCCAUUGGUUUCCUUAUGGACCAAAGACCUGAAGUGGCUUUCUUGGAAUCUGCACGUUGCUCUCUUUUUCUUGCUCUGAAGAAGCUUGGUUAUUUGCAAGUACAUUCUGCCCUUUUAUCAACCACCUAUGAGGUAUUAUUUUCCCUCUGCAUUGCAUUUUGGGGGAUCCAGAUAAUAAAGCAACUGACUUCAAGCUCAGCAAAGCAACACUAAGAAGAAGUCUAUCAACAUUUUAUUUUCUGUGAUGGAUUACUUUCAUCUUUUGUGCAGAAUUGCAAUAGAGAUUUCUUUAAUAUAUUCAUCAAUAGAAACAACAACAUUAUAAACAAAUCUAAGAUAAACAUGUCUCAAUUUCUUUACUUUUGUUUAUUUGGAAAUGUUUGAAUUUUCUGCAUCAAUUUCAUUUGUAUGCAAAUGUAUAUGCAAUUUUAACAGUUAUAUUAAUAAAUAAUGAUUGGUGGCAGUAAACUCAUUUGUUUUCUUUACAUGUUGAUAAAAUCAAAGGACUCUUGUCAUAUAGGGGGGUGAAGUUUCAUUGAUUUAAGAUGAAUAUUAAGCAGAAUUUUUCAAUUAAUCAUGAAUACACUUCAUAUUUGCAAAUGUAAACUUCAACCUGGGUAUGUUUGUUUAUUUUUUAAUUUGACUAUAAUUCACUCAAGUGGAUUGUAUUCUGCCUUUCUUUCCAGAAAGAAUGCAAAGCAAUUAAGCAUUAAAAUUUUGAUUAAAAACAUAACAAAUACUGAUGAAAAGACUGAAAAGAUCUGGAUAAAAAUAGAAGUCUUAACGUAUUUCCUAAAAGUAGAAAGAGUAGGACUGAACAAAAUCCAAGAGAUUCUAAUUUACAGUUUGAGAACCCUACCAAAGGCUAUUCAAUGUGUCUCAAAUUGAAAUCAGUGCUAAGGAUAUCUUAUAGAACAGUGCUACACAUUGUAUUGUGAUAACUACAGAUAGCCUCUAUUUACAACAGUUCAUUUAAUGACCAUUCAAGGUUAUAACACUACUGAAAAAAGGACUUAUGGCCAUUUUUCACACUUAUAACAUUGCAGCAUCUCGUCACAUGAUCAAAAUUCAGAUACUUG